CCCUCCAAUGGCCGCCGCGGCCGGCGUACCGCGCCUAGGCAGGAGCCAGGUGCUUCUCCUGGUCUCCCAUGGGGUGCAGGGCCCAAGCACUUGGGCCAUCCUCCACUGCACUCCCUGGCCACAGCAGAGAGCUGGCCUGGAAGAGGAGCAACCGGGACAGAAUCCGGUGCCCCGACUGGGACUAGAACCUGGUGUGCCGGCGCCGCAAGGCAGAGGAUCAGCCUACUGAGCCGCGGCGCCAGCAGGAGGCUGUCUUAAGCCCCACAGGAAAGGAUGCCCUAAGCACCUCCCAGGGCGGGGCUACCUGGCUUCCUUUUCCUCUGAGCUCUAUAUCUGCUCCCAAGGACACCUUUAGCUUCAUUUCCUGCUCUUGCAGCCUCACCUGUGGUACUGCCAGAGCCAGCAGAGCAGGCAGGAAUGCAGUGCGCAGGACUCUUGCUGGUGGCCUUGGCUGCCUGUGUGGCUCUUCAACCCUCAGAAGCCAUACUGCCCUUUGCCUCCAGCUGUUGCACUAAGGUUUCACCACACGUUUCCAGAAAGCUUCUGAAAGUGGUGCGUGCAUGUCAUCUGCAGAGAGCUGAUGGCGACUGUAACUUGGAUGCUGUCAUCCUUCAUGUCCGGCACAGAAGAUACUGUAUCGCUCCAGAGAAUCAUACUCUUAAGGAGUGGAUGAAAGCACAAGCAGUCAAGGAAAAUGACAGACGCAAAAUCUGCCAUAAGAAGAAAUACAUCAAGAGGAACCAUGAAGGGGCACGUCGGGGAAAGCAUGUGACAGGUGGCCAUAAAACUUACCAGACAGUUGAUGCCUAACACCACAAAGAUGAUUCCUCUGGUGAAGGUAGCGCUUAUCUUCAGAUGAUCUUUUAAGAGGAGCACGUAAUUGCUCUAACUUUUUUAUUAUCAGGUUUUCCAAACCUACAGAGAAGUUGAAAGAAUGGUACAAUGAACACUUGUCUGUAUACCAUUCACCUAGAUUCAUCAUUGCGAAUAUCAUGCCACAACUACUUUCUUUUUCUUAUCUAUGUGUGUAUAUACAAAUUUAACAUUAUCUAUGUUUAUACACACAUAUAUGUAUAAAACCUUGCUAAACUGUUGGAAAAUAAGUUGCAAAUAUUAUGACACUUCACUCUAAUUAUUUUUAAUGUUACAACUUGCAUCCCUCAAGAGUAAAGACAUUUCCCUAUAGAAUUACAUUAGCAAUUUAACACCUAAGAACUUAACAGUUUCAUUUAAUAUAUAUAGACCAUAUUCAAGUUUUCGUAACUUUUUCCAGAGUAUUUUAUAUAACUUUUAUAAAAUGUGGGAAUCAAUCAAGUUCAUGCAUUCAAUUAAUUAUCAUAUUUCUUAAGUCUUCUAAAAACGAUUCACUUGAUAGAAAAAGGGAGCAAGAUAGAGAGCGAGCUACUAUCCUCAGUUUCAUUCCUCAAAUGCCCACAAAGACUGAUACUGUGCUGAGGCUAAAGGCAGGAGCCAGGAACUCAAUCCAGGUCUCUGGAGUAGGUGGUAACAUCUCAAAUAUUUGAGCCCUCAUCUGCUGCUUUCUAGGGUCCACAUUAGCAGAAAGCAAGAAUUAGGAGCCAGAGGCAGGCAUUGAACUCAUAUAGGGUAUAGGCAUUCUAACUGCUGGCUUAACCAUGAAACCAAAUACCUGCUCUGAGGUUCUUUCAAUCUAAGAAAGGUCCUCUGUUUCUGGUUAUUGUUCUUUCCUCCCAUGGAUGGACUCUUUUAGAAUAAUCUAGGCCAGCAUUUGUUCCACAUCUGGGUUUGCCUGGUUGUUUCCUCAUGAGCAGGUUCAAGUUUAACAUAUUUGGUAAGAAUUUCCUAUGUAAAUUUGUGUACUAGUUAUUGUGUCAUGUAGGGUUCAUGGACAUUUGAGCUUAUUUUCUAAAGAGAAAAAUUUAAGUUGAACAAUACUUGAAAGAGUCCAAUUUGAGUAGCUCUUGUUGUUUGGAUUGAUAAAUUCUGAUGCUGAAAAAAAAAAUGACGUAUUUACCCCCACUUCUGGCUCCUGCAGUAAAUUCCUGAACAGCAGCUCUAGCCAGGGGUCUCGAGUUGGUCCCAUGUGGGGUGAUUUUACAUUUUUCCUAAAUAAGGAGUCACAGAGGCUUCAGGAUGUAUACUAGGAGCCCAGUUUUCAUAAACAGCUGUUGGAAAGCAGCAGGAGCAUGUUACCAGGUGCCAGGUGUCCUGGGCUUCCUUGCUGGCCAGUUCCAGGCAGUGGCAUGGCACUCACAGAGGUGCUGAGCCUGGUGUAGCUUAAAAUAUCCCCAGUCUUUUGUAUAACAUCCCUCAGUGACACCAGUGUAGCAGGUGAUGUGUUUAUUCCCACCAACAAAGCUUUGUACUGAUAUUCCCACUCUAUGGAAUGGAAGCCUGAGGCUCAAAGAGGUCAAAUGGCUUUCCCAAGGUCACUCAGUAACUGACAGAGAGAAGCCUGGAACCCAGUUCUCAUCUCAGCCCCUGUAAUAGAUACCGGGAAGGUGUAGACACGGGGAUGGGAUGGAAGGGAGGAGAGGACCUCAGAUAAAGAUUUGUGACAGGGACUUCACAAGGGGGCAGGCGAUGCCUACUGACAGCUUAUUUUUGUGGAAGCCUGGAAUUGAAACAUGCUGCCCCUGGCAUUGUUGCUGCUGACAGUGACAAUAACCAUAGAUUAAAACAGGCCCUGACCUGACUCUGUGGAGUUUCACAUGCCUAGGCACUGGAGAAAACUGCACACAAUUUAUAAUUGUUGAUUAGCAAAAUCUCCCUCACCAGAUCUUCGUUUGAACUUAUGGACAGAUUUUGUCAAAAAUAUGGCAUUCUUUCAUUUCUGAUGUGAUAAUAUGAUAAUACAGAUGAUCCUGAAGGAAACAGAGUAUUUCCCUUAAAUCUUGUAUUAUGAUCAUCCGUUGUCAUCAUAUUGCAGAUUCUAAAGCUAAGAAAGCAACAUUAAGUAAACAGCAUUAAUGAUAUAUGGAAGUAACUUAGAAUAAGUCAGGAGUUUUACAAUUCUUCAGAGUAACCCACAUUAAGGAAAGGUUAGGAUAAAAACAAGAGCAUUGGUUUCCAAUCCUUUCAACCAACAACUUGAAUUAUUUUUGAUUUUCUCUCCUUCCAGUCCAGAUCCAUAAUUCUGUACAAUUUGGAGGUAGCUAUAAAUGACACCAGUUUCAUGUGAGAUUUUAAAAUGGAUUUUACCAUAAUGCAAAUAAUGAAAACUAUGAUGACUAUGUGCCCAGAAGACAAGAUUUUUGAGAAAUCCCAUUUAACAGGCUGUCACAUGUGCUUAUUAUACAAUAUUAUAUCAUUGUUACUGUACUAUGUACUGUUACUAUAUAAGAAUAAAAACUGUUACUGUUCUCUAAGCUAAUAUACUAUGAAUAAAUCACCCUGGUUAACUUCCUAAGUUUUCCUUUUUGAAGAUUAUGUUCUUAGUAAAGUAAUACUAAUAUGUGAUUUAAAAAUCAGUGAUAGAGAAGAAUGUGUAACAAAGAGUAAAAUCCUUCUAC